AUGUGGAAGAUGGCGACCUGGAUGCGUUGCCGAUCGCGGUGCUGGCAGCUGCUGGACUAUGAUCUCUUUCGGAUGCGCGGUCGACAAAGUGUGCUGGUGAACAAGACGAUCUGCGACUUUGAUGGCUGGACGAGUCACCGCCUUGUCAUCUCCAAAAUGGGGCUUCGUCUGCAAGUACGCAGGGGACCGCAAGGUAAGCGACGCCGUUUACAUUUCAGCAAUCAACUGGCCCAACGCCUGUAAGACCUGCAAGCUGCAGUUGAAAAAGUCUUUGUGGAGGCUCAAUGGUGCCAUCUGUGCGACACCGUCCAUUCGAUCGCCCUGAGUGUUCUCGGCCGCGCAUGCCGCCAACACUAGGACUGGUUCAACGGAAACCACACAGCCAUCAGUAACCUGCUCGCCGAAGAGAGCAGGCUGCAUAGAGACGAGCUCGAGGGACCGAACGAUUAAAAUAAAGAAAACUUCUAUCACCGUCGUCGCCCUGUGCAGCAAUGUCUGCGAAAAAUGCAGGACAACUGGAUGGCUCGCAAGACUGAGGAGAUCCGGGGGUGUGCCGAUCGCAAUGAAACGAAGAAAUUCUUCGCUUCUCUCAAGGCCACCUACGGCCGCCUAACCAAACGAACCGCACGGCUUCUCAACUCUGAUGGAUCAACGUUUCUAACGGAGAAGUCGAAGAUUCCGAAGAGCUGGACCGAGCACUUCAGAAGCGUCCUCAACCGCCAUUCUACAAUCUCCGACGCCGCUAUCGACGGGCUUUCCCAGGUGGAAAUCAACAUGGACCUGGACCUCCCCUUCCAGAAAGCAUUCGCGCCGUGCAACAACUCUCCAAUGGGAUGGCACAGAUUCUGAUGCGACUCCAGCUAAAAUCUGCAAGCACGGCAGCCACUGUCUAAUGGAUCACAUCACAACGCUCUUCUAGGAGAUGUCGCGACAGGGACAGGUCCCUCAGGAUUUCGAGGACGCGAUCAUCGUCCAUCUUCACAAACGCAAAAGAAACGGGUAAGUCUGUGAUAAUCACAGAGCCAUCUCGUUUCCCAACAUCGGUGGGAUGAUUCACGCUCACCUUAUCCUCAAUCGUCUCAACGGCCACCUUGAGCAAGGACUGAUGCCGGAAAGUCACUGUGGAUUCCGGCGAAACUACAGGACCACCAACAUGACCUUUGUCGCCCGCCAGUUUCAAGAUUAGCUUCAUGAAAUACGGACCCACCCAUAAACCUCAUUCGUGAAUCUGACGAAAGCCUUCGACACAGUGAAUCAUUAGGGACUGUGGAAAAUCAUGCAGAAGUUAGGCUGUCCAGAGCGAUUCACGCACAUGGCACGUCAGACACACGACGUGAUGAUGGCGCGCGCCACGGACAACGGGGCAAUUUCCGAGGCAUUUGCAAUGACCAAUGGAAUGAGGCGGGGUUGCGUACUCGCUCCUACCAUCUUUGCUCUCAGGAUCUCUACUAUGGUGGUGGACGCCUGACGAGAUGAGCGUCCUGAGAUCCACAUAGUCCAUAGGACUGACGGGCACCUUCUCAACAGCCGAAAAAUGUAUGCCCCGACGCGUCUCUUAACAGCUUUUAUCCACAAUCUGCCCUCAUCGACGAUUGCUCACCCAGCACUACGACUGAGAAAGACACACAGCGGAACAUGGACCUCUUUGCCGCCCGGCACGCUCUAAGCCGCCUCAGUUUCGCCUAUCGCCGACACCCACCAGAAUUCAACUCUGGCCCCCGCGAUUUCGAACCCUCACCUCCUCCGCCAGCGUCGAGUUUUGCUGUUCUUGAUGUCAUCUUCUUAUUUCGAUCCCAAGCGGUCUGUCAGCGCUCUUGGCGGAACCAUCUGAAUUCGCCAUCUACUAGUAGUUUGGUCGUAUAUCCCUUGUCCCCUCCUCAGCUGGACUCUGAGCGGAAAGUGACCGAUCGCGUCUGGGCACCUCUCGUCUAGCCACCUUGACGUAAAUAGCCUCAUCCGGCAUACGAAUUCUGCCUUCUUGAUGUUCGUCUCGAACCUAGUAUUCAAUACCGCAUGCAGGCCAGUGCUGUCUGACCCACAUACUUGCCCCUUCACGAAAUCCGGUACUUUUUGCCACAUAAAGACCGGUCUUACCCAGUUUUUCGCCGUUCAUCAGCGACAGUUAUUUUCUCCUAUAAUGUUUAACCAGUCAUAUUCAUUUUGUUAACUUGACAGGAGUUUUUUCACUGUUCGCUCAUCAUUCUUCAUAAAGGACUACUUGUUCAAUAACUAUGAAGUAAGAAGCGUACAGAUUCUGUCUACCUGUUCUAAAAUUAAUGCAAAAUUUAUUCUCACAUGCUAUGACCGGACUACCACAGGCCCUGUAUAAAGACUAUUUAUUUUAUUUAUUUAUUUACUUCUGGCUGACCAUAAAUACAGACAGAACGGUAGUCAUGCGCUAACCGUCACUCAACACGGAAUACAACUCUCCUCAAAUCAAUGUCAACAGCAGUCAACUAAAACCGUCAAUAACUUUGCCUGUCUGGAAAGCAAACUCUCGUGCAACAAAGCAUAGGCGACGAUGUUGCCCGUCGGCUCUCCAAAGCCAGCCGGGCCUUCGGCCGAUUGCAAGCCUCCAUGUGAAAUCGCCACGGCCUUCAACUGAAACCGAACUGAAGAUUAGAAGGCCGUCGUCCUGACAACCCAUCUGCACGAUGCGGAAACCUGGACCGUCUACUUCAACCAUGUCAGGAAGUAAAAUCACUUCCAUAUCAGCUUUCCUCGCAGAAUACUAAAGCUCGGAUGGCAAGACAGGAUCCCGGAAAUGAAAGUCCUAGAAAGAGCCUGAUUCCUCCGAAUCCACGUCAUACUGAGACGACGCAAUUAUGCUGGAACGACCGUAUUGUGGGAGGAAGGAUACACUUCUACCAAAACAACCCAUCUAUGAUGAUUCCGUCAUAUGUACUCGCCGACCGGGAGGGCAAAAACGGUGCUACAAAAGACCUUUGAAAAGCUCUCAGAGGUGAAGAUCAGCACAGCCAUCUAAGAAGAAAACCGGAUCAUCAACGCCAAAGCCAAGAGGGCUGCUUGCAAUUCUUAGGCACCAACGAUUCGCGACACCGCCACUCAACCCCACCCAACAUGCCCGCGCUGUCAACGGACAUUCCGCACGCGGACCGGUCUCGUCGACCAUCCUCUAACCCAACACACUAACCGCCUGUUAACGCCAACAUGUCCUCCUACAUACAACCGUACCAUCAAUCCUGCAGCAAAUCCCGCUACGGCGACAAUCACUGUCACCAACAAUCACACUGUCACUGCCCCGCCGCCACUAAUCACCGACAUCACUCACCCUGUUCAGACCCCUGCGUCUAUCACAGCGGCCAGCUCAGCCAACAACACGAUAUCUCUCACUCUUCACACCGAUGAGACGACACCCAACGUCCUGUCAUCUGCUAUCAUUGCCAUCAACACCCAUACCUCCUGCGUUGUGGAUUCGGACCGAAUCUGUCCUGAUUGCAAUCGCACAUUUACUUCAUACAUCGACCUAUUCGGUUACUUGCGAGUCCAUCCCACAGGGAAUGGAAAACCAGUACCUGGUGCACCAGCAUACACUCGCCGCAUUUACCUUCACUACCCACACAUAUUCAUUCAUCGCAUAGGUUUAUUUGGCCACAUGCGUCUCCACGAGAGCGGACAUAGCCGCAGUAUUGACACAUCUUUCACACUCACUAUACCUAGUCCAAUCAACGUGCCAUCGCCCAGCACACCCCCCACUAGUACCUCCACCACCACUCUCACCAAUUAA